AUGGCGUCGUUUGAUGAAGCACCUCCUGGCAAUCCCGCUGCUGGAGAGAAGAUCUUCAAGACCAAGUGCGCUCAGUGCCACACCGUCGACAAAGGCGCUGGUCACAAGCAAGGACCCAAUCUGAAUGGCCUUUUCGGUAGGCAGUCUGGCACAACUCCCGGUUACUCAUACUCUGCUGCUAACAAGAACAUGGCUGUUAUUUGGGAGGAAAAGACAUUGUAUGACUACUUGCUGAACCCAAAGAAGUACAUUCCUGGAACAAAGAUGGUGUUCCCUGGACUAAAGAAGCCUCAGGAUCGGGCCGACUUGAUUGCAUAUUUGAAGCAAGCCACUGCUUAA